AGACAUGCCACCUUCAGAUGGUUUGGGGAAAUAUGGGGUUUUAACCAGAAACAAUAGCGCUCCUGCAAAUCGCAUUAUCUUCCAAGUCAUUUUGCGGGGAGACCAGAGGGCUGACCAUCCAUUUUAUCUGUGCAACUUUGAGACGAGAGAUCACGGAGCAACGCGAAAAACCCACGGCGAGUUUGGUGCGUCUGGUAAACUUAUCAGGACUGUAGUACUGGCUGACGGACCGUGUAAACGCGGCUUGUAAAAGAUUCCCACCGUGGUCGGUGGUCUUGCGUAGAGGGGCCUGUGUAGCUCUGGGCCUUUGCAGCCAUGGCUCUGCUGGCCUACCUCAAGAGCCUGUUCAUCUUGCAGCUGCUGAUGGGCUUUGUGUUUGUGGUGAGCGGUCUCAUCAUAAACUUCAUCCAGCUCUGCACCUGCGUCCUGUGGCCAAUCAACAGACAGCUUUACCGGCGCAUCAACUGCAGGCUCGCCUACUCACUCUGGAGCCAGCUGGUGAUGCUGUUGGAGUGGUGGUCUGGCACAGAAUGCACCCUCUACACCGACCAGGCUACGGUGGACAAAUUCGGCAAAGAGCACGUCAUUGUCAUCCUCAACCAUAACUAUGAGAUUGACUUCCUGUGUGGCUGGACCAUGUGUGAAAGAUAUGGAAUAUUAGGGAGUUCAAAAGUGUUAGCCAAACAUGAGUUACUGAAGGUCCCUUUGAUUGGCUGGACAUGGUACUUCCUUGAAAUAGUUUUUUGCAAAAGAAAAUGGGAAGAGGACAGAAAAACGGUGUUUAGUGGACUGGACAGACUCAAGGACUAUCCAGAACACAUGUGGUUCCUGUUGUAUUGUGAGGGUACACGGUUCACGGAGAAGAAGCACCAGAUCAGUAUGCAAGUGGCCGAGAGCAAAGGCCUCCCCAAGCUCAAAUAUCACCUCCUGCCCCGCACCAAAGGCUUCACCACCACACUGCAGUGUCUCAAGGGGACAGUAUCUGCUGUUUAUGACGUCACCCUCAACUUUAAAGACAACCAAACUCCAACUCUCCUGGGCAUCGUCCAUGGAAAGAAAUACAAAGCGGACAUGUGUGUGAGGCGUAUUCCUGUAGAGGAGAUACCCAACGAUGAGCAGGAGUGUGCCAGUUGGCUUCACAAACUCUAUCAGGAAAAGGAUGCCUUACAAGAAAACUACAACAAAGAAGGAAAGUUCCCCGGGCCCACGAUAAUCCCGCAUCGCAGACCGUGGACAUUAUUAAAUUUCCUGUUUUGGGCAACCCUGCUGCUUUCACCUCUCAUCAACUUUGCAUGUGGAGUGGUCGUGAGCGGCUCCCCCCUCCUUAUAAUUGGCUUUAUCCUCUUCCUCAUCAUAGCAUCUAUAGCCAUCCGUCGUCUUAUAGGAGUGACAGAAGUAAAGAAAACGGGCUCGAGUUACGGCGACCAAGAGGCCAAGAAACAAAAUUAAAGUGUGUCAUCCUUUAUAACAAAGUGUGGUUGCAUUUAUGCAGCAACUCUGAUCUCCUCCAAUACUGUUAUGCCAGUCGGUAAGCCUGGAGGAGAGCCAGCUAAGAUAACAACUAAGAGAAAUACUUUAUUGGGAAAGUCUGGGUUGAAAAACACAGGCUUUAGAGACCUAGCGAGAGAUGCAGAGAUGUGCGUUUAUAAUCCAGCUAGUAACCCACUAUCUCAUUUCCACGAAAUCCCAGUAAGGCUAAGCUCCAAACCUGUUAGUCAUUCGGAAAGCUGGUCUAAACAAGCCAUGGCCCGCAUUACCCAACUAACUACCUUCACAAGACCGAAGUGGUUCAAAAUUCAUCCUUUACCUUUAGCCACCAAAACACAACAUAUAUUUGGAGAUUUCUAACCUCACGUCCAGAGGUUAUCCAUUUUGUUAUCUUUAACACACAAUACGUCUCUUCUCUCUCUCUACGUGGGACUUGUAAUAGGAACCGGUGCCUUGAGGCCCCAGUCUCUCUUCACCCAAUUCACAAAAAACAGGGUAGAUUAUAUGGUCAAGAAAUGGUUUGAUGGCAUACUUCAAUUGCUUUUGGUCAGUACAUAGGUCCUUGUAAUUUUCUUGUAAUAUUGCAAAGCGAUUUCUUUUUCUUAGAGUUAAAGAAGAGCAAAAUAAAUCUUUAAAUACCAGACAACAAUUUGGAAAAAUUGCCGCUUUUGAAUAUUGGAAAACUUUAGACUUGAAUGUUGCAAUUGUCAGUACAAUGAAAUAAAUUUAACUCUAAUGAAAUAGCUUGAAAUAAAAUCUGUCUAUUAUUCAUAUAACUAAAAAUAAAUUUUGCAAUAUUCACCUGGUCAACAAUUUAAUAGGCCAGAAGAGGGAGCUAGAGUACUACAAGUGGUACUUAGUCCAGCAAUUUACAAUUUCAUGUUGUUUUUGCACUUUUUUACCUCUAUAACCAGUAAUUAUUAUCAUUUGGAGCUACAUUGGUGUCAUUUGGGUGAACAUAUUCUCUGUUGAACAUCUGUGGAGAGACUGGAGUCUGUUGUAUCACUAUAAGGGCUGUCCUUAUCAAGGAUACCUGCCAUGUUACAGGUCUCAUUACCAGCACUGCUCAUUUUUUUUUUUUUUAAUUCAUUUGACGUGGUAUACAAACAUUCAUAUUCUACAACUUGGUCAUGCUAGCCCACUUGCAUUGUAUUUUGUUCUAUUAUCAAAACUGUAUUGUCAGGGCAAAGCACCUGUGUAAUGCCAGUCAUUUAUACCGCACCUUUUUGUUUCUAAAAGGGUCACAUUUCCUGCUGUUUGGUUUUGCUGUCUACAUUAAGGCUGCAGUAGUCUUUGUUAAACUUUGCCUUAACUCAAGCUUGCUCAGGCAGGGAAUAUUCUUUCAGCAUCCCUUUAACCGCUAUCCAUCUAUAUUUUACUAUAGUUAAAUUUAUAUAUUCAUUUUUACAGUUUGCAAUGGUCUCUUGUUUUAAUAGAUCGUUUUGAUGCAUACCAAUAAUCAUGGCAUUUUAAACUGAUAUUGUGGAAAGGUGAAAAUUCAUUUUAAAUGGCAAAGUUGCCACGUUCACUGAAAUAGACCAGAUAAAAGUGGUGAAUGCAGUAAUAAAUCGUUUUUGAAACAAAUAGACCUAAUGCUAAAAAUCUUGUUGUUCUAUGAGAGGUUGUCUAAACUCAUGAUUAUUACUAUUGGGAUUACCAGGGAUAAGAAACAUGUAUGAUGUAGAGAUGGUUUCCUUACAAGCCUUAAUAGUGCUGCUUUGGUGUUUUUUUUUUUUUGUGAUUUUUAGAUGCCAUCUGAGCCCUGCUAUGGUCAAGGACUGGAACAUUAAUAAUUUUGUAGCAGAUUUUUGGGAUUACUUUCCCCUUAAUGCACUGGUGUUGAAAUAACUGACCGAAUAAAUUGGGAACUUCAUAAAACAUCAAAAAAAUGUGAAAAGUGAUGGCUGUUAAAGAUCAUUACAUAGGUCUGGUGUCCUUAUAAAUUCAAACCCAUGUCCCACAGUACUCUGAAGCAGAACAAAUGCUGUGAAAUGAAGUAAUAUACUAUAUAUAUAUAUAUAUAUAUAUAUAUAUAUAUAUAUAUAUAUAUAUGAAUACUGAUGAUUGUGGUUGGAGAGUUAUCAUUUCCCCAAGUAUUGAUUAAAAAAUUUAAACUGAUUAUUAAUAGAUUAAAUUAGAAUUAUGUUAUUAUCAUGCAUCAGCUUUUCUUUUCUAAGGCUAUUUUUAUGUUUUCUGCAGUUGACACUUGAUAUUAAAGGAUUACAUGACAAAGACA